AUGUCAUCUCCAAUGGACAUCCCUCCUGAUCUAGUCGGUCAAUCGGGUCUAUACAACUCACCCGAUCCAUUAUUGCGUAGAAUCAGAUUAGAAGAACCAUCUGGGAAAUCCAUCGAUGAUGUUGAAAAGUAUUUUGACGGGAAGGAAGUUUUGGUCUUGUAUGCUGGAUCGGAAUACGGGGAGAAUAAUAUUAGAGGAUUUCAUCGAGAUUUAACGACUUUCGCUCAGAAAUAUAAAUCCUCUUCAGUGAUCUACAUAUCAACCGACGUGUUGCCCCAACAAGCCGAUAAUGUCCUACAGGGUAAAGCAUGGUUGAGGAUGACCUUCUUUGAUAAUUCUGAUUUCGCACCGGUUGGUGAGCCUGAUGAAAAAGAUUGGUCUGUUGGGUUGGAAGAGGUUAAGAGGGGAGAGGAUUUCUUGCAAGCUGGAGAAGUCGAAAUGGGUGUAGAGAAAAUUCAGUUUGGACAGGAAGAGAAUGAGAACGAUUACGUUCGACCAUUGUCGCGAGCGGGUUUAACCGUUCUCAUGAACGUCUUCUCAACACCUAGUAUAUCGAUAUAUCACCUUCCAACGCACUCUUUCUUGGCUAAGAACGUACAUAUGUCAUCGUUCAAACCUGAGAAUAUCGAUAGGAAUUAUCAGGUCUGGAAAGGUGGGGAGAGCACCUCGGUGAAGAUAUCAGAUAUAAUAGAUAAAAUGAAAUGGACGUUGCUGUUGCUGUUGAUAGCUGUAGGAUACCAUCUGGCAGUACGAAUUGGUGGAGAACAAUACAACUUUAUACCGAGAGUGAUGGAUGGUAUAAAUGGUAGAUUAAGCGGGAAGGUAUGA